CGUUGAUCUACAAUUCCCCGGACAACCCUCAACCGACGUCCAUGUUGUGUUCCAUUUCGACCCAGAAAUCCGGCGGUUCUAAAUGGCCCGACCGUCUCCGAUCGUCGAAGGGCUUUCCAUCCGGCGACCUCGUCAAUUUCGAACAAAUGCAUCACCAUACGUUUUCCACGCUUGAUUCCGCGACAAUUAAUCUCACAUCCCCGAGGUCAGAAGGCAUCCGUUCGGAAUGCUGCUCGUUUGGAGCUGAAUCAGAGAAAGAACAGGUUCUUGAAGGUUCAGUCGAUGGAGAAGGCAAAGAAUUGUUCAAUGCUUUUAGCCAUGUUCUCGCCGAGCUGUUUAAUAUGGGAGAACCCAGUAAUUAUGUAGUACAUAAAAAGGUUUCUCGGAAACAAUCAAACCCUAGGCUUUUUGCGGCUUCCACUUCUUCUGAAUGUAAUAAUGUUUCUGGCCCCGGGGAUGAGCAGAGAGCAGAAAUAAAGACAGUGAACAGCAAGGUGAAGCAACUGGAGCCAGGACAGAAUUUAGUACCAAGUGAGGAGGAGGUGAAUAUCAAUUCAACAGCAAUGGGGUUUUCUAGGAGUGAGGUUACUGUGAUAGACACAAGUUGUACCCCGUGGAAAUUUGAUAAAUUGCUGCUUAGACAGAAAAAUGUGUGGAAGGUCCGUGACAAAGGAACAAAGACAACAUAUUUGGGGAAAAAGAGAAAUGAAAUUGCAGAGCAUGACAAUGUUGGUGGAAUGAAGAAGCAGAAAGCUUUUAGUGGAGAAGAGAGUAAACUCCCAAAAAAUGAAGUAAGUUGGAUACAAUCAUUUUAGGUUUACUGUCAUCUUGUUCCUGUUCUCUUUUAAUUAUGAUCUGCUUCUCUAUAUUCAAUCUUGAGAUCUUCUCAUCCACCGUGUUGAGCUGCAUCUCUUAACACGUGAUCUAUUGUCAUUUCACUUUUGCGUAUAAGAUUACAAUUUUACAUCUUAUAGUGAUUAAUGAAUUAUUCUAUGCAUA